CGUUUUCACAGCACUGAACAGGUGACAUUUUCUCGUGCUCAGUAUAAAGAGAUGUUUGUUACCCGUCACUGACUUAUCGCCCAGUCACGCGUCCCACCCACAGGCCACAGUCUGAUUGUAUAAAUGCGCGGUGGUCAACUUGUAAAUCUGAGCACGGCCACUGUCCCGGGAGCUUCCCGUUUCUCGGAUAUUUUUGGAAUUUUCCGCCUGUUUUUCAGUUUCGGUUUAAUUCUGUCCCUCCUGAGUGACAGCGAGCAGAGCGGACUACAGUCGCUGCGCGAGAAUCAGCAGACAAACCGUACAUCAGCAGCCAUGGCCGCCAUCAGCAGCUCAAACACAAACUUUGCCUUGGAGCUGUUCCGCACUCUGAGCCAAGCAAACCCCAGCGGGAACAUCUUCGUCUCCCCGCUGAGCAUCAGCUCAGCUCUGGCUAUGGUUUACCUGGGAGCCAGAGGAGACACUGCUGCUCAGAUGGCACAGGCCCUGUCAUUCAGCUCGGGUGAAGGCGUCCACGCAGACUUCGAGACGCUAAAUGCUGACAUCAACUCCCCAUCUGCAUCGUACAUCCUGAAAAUAGCCAACCGGCUUUAUGGAGAGAAUACGGCCAACUUCCUCCCGCAAUUCCUCACAGCCACACAGAAGUACUACCAGGCCGACCUGAAGGCUGUCGACUUCAUGGGGGCUCCAGAGGCGUGCCGAGAGGAGAUCAACAGCUGGGUCGAGCAGCAAACAGAAAAUAAGAUAAAAGAUCUUCUAAAGCCAGGAACAGUCAGUGCAAUGACGAGAUUGGCUCUGGUCAAUGCUAUCUACUUCAAGGGAAAUUGGAUGAGCCGCUUUGAUGUAGCCAACACCAAAGAGAUGCCCUUUAAAGUCAGCAAGAGUGAGACCAGGAAAGUCCAGAUGAUGUACCAGAUGAAGAAGCUGCCCUACAACUACAUCCCUGAACACGGUCUGCAGAUCCUGGAGCUGCCGUAUGUGGAUGAUGAGCUCAGCAUGUUCAUCCUGUUGCCUGAAGAGUCCACAGACGGCUCUGACCCUCUGCUGAAGUUGGAGAAUGAGCUCACACUGGAGAGGCUGGACGAAUGGACCAACAGGGAAAACAUGGACGUCCACUCAGAAGUCCUUGUUCACCUGCCAAAGUUCAAGCUGGAGGAAGACUACGAGCUGAACGAGCCGCUGGCAAAACUGGGCAUGACAGACGUGUUCUGCACGGCAAAGGCUGACCUGUCCGGCAUGAACGGCGAAGGAGGACUCUUCCUGUCCACGGUGGCCCACAAAGCCUUUGUGGAGGUGAACGAGGAGGGCACGGAGGCGGCUGCAGCCACAGCAGGCAUGGUAGCGUUCUGUAUGCUGAGGGAGGAGCACUUCACCGCAGACCACCCCUUCCUCUUCUUCAUCAGGCACAAUAAGACCAAAUCCAUCCUCUUCUUCGGCAGGUUGUCGUCUCCUCAGUAGACAUAACUGGCAGAGGAAGAUGCUGGGCCACUUCCAAUAAUUUAAAAGGAAAAAAAAAGACCAAAAAAUCUUUUUAAUGAGAGGUUUAUUUUCUUUGAUGGUUUGCUAAUUAAAGGACUGUAUCUCUAUCUGCUUUUGCACUGAACUCAUAGAUGUAGCCAUUCAUUAAUGAAGAGGUUUGAAUAUUUCUGAUUCAAUUAAUGAUUUGUAAUUUUGGUAUUGGAAUGAAUCACUAAAAUACAAAGUAUUUCUUGUGUAAGUAAAAAAUAAACAGACUUUUGGCUUUUAAA